AUUUAAGAGCAAAUGCACACUGAUAGCACUUUCGCAAUCUGGCAUUUUCUAAUUUCAAACAUCUUGCAAUUGAUACCAACAAUGGGCAUUGAUUACUCAAAUUUCUGUGUCUGCUACGACCUUGGGUUGUCCUAGGUUGCACCAACUUCUAAAUUUAACACCCCAGGAAACAAGGUAAAUUAUAAAUGCAAUAUAUGCAGCUGUAAUUGCAAACCCAACUGUGCCAAACAACGUACUAUUCACUUCGGAGGAGAAGAAGUCCAGCAACAGAUACCCGUUAAUAUCACCAGUGCUACCAGCAGCCAUGAAGUGAUCUACAAUAAACGAUAAAACAAAAAAAUGGUGAACUCUUCAACCACUAUUUACGAAUUUCAAUCAUUGUGCAAAGAAAAAAUACUAUGAGCAGCAUGCAAAGCAAGUAAUGAGAAAACUGUCGCAUUUUUGCUGGGAAUUGCCAGCCCCACCUUUAGGAAUGUUUUAGUUUACUCAAAAGUUAUACAUCGACCCUAAGAUUAAUCAAGUAGCAAAACAUGUAUUUACCAGCUUAGUGCCUACAUUAGUGGUAUUAGUUACUAGAAUUGCCUCAUCGUGUCUAAAUCUGUUCUUUUUGACUAUCAAUUAAGUAGCGAAACUUGUUGACUUUGAUUGACUUCUGAAUGUUUGGAAAGCAUUAGAUCAAACUGUGUGCAUUGACUUGUGAAAAUAUUUCAUUGCAAAUUUUUUUAAAAGCUAAUUAUGAACUUUGUGCGAUUUCAGGGUGAAGUUACCUGUGUCAAAUGGGAUCCAACAGGUUCUUUGUUGGCCUCUUGCUCUGAUGAUAUCACUGCAAAGAUAUGGAGUAUGAAGCAGGAAAAGUUUGUUCAUGACUUAAAGGAUCAUGCUAAGGAGAUAUAUACUAUCAGAUGGAGUCCCACUGGACCUGGUACAAGCAACACUAAUCAUCAGUUAUUGUUGGAAAGUGCAUCGUUUGACUCAAUAGUGAAGCUAUGGGACGUGGAACUUGGGAAACUUCUAUACAGCUUAAAUGGACACAGGGAUCCUGUAUAUUCUGUUGCAUUUAGCCCAAAUGGCGAGUAUUUGGCCAGUGGAUCUCUUGAUAAAUCCAUGCACAUCUGGUCAUUGAAGGAAAACAAGAUUGUCAAAACUUAUACAGCCAGUGGGGGCAUAUUUGAAGUUUGCUGGAACAAGGAAGUUGACAAGAUUGCCCCAUGUUUUGCCAACAAUACAGUUUGUGUUUUGGAUUUUAGAAUGUAAGGUCUUGGAAAAUGCUCUACGAUUUCCCUGCUUUUCCAAAGCCCUAUGACCUCAGGAAUGAUAAUUGACUUCUUAGUUGGUCUUCUAAGUUUAGUUGUAGAGAUGUUGCUUUUGAUGGGAAUGGGUAAAAACGUAUUUUGGGUGGGUAGGUUUUGCGUUUUUAACCAUAGACCAGGCAUUACUCACUUGUGUUGAUCGCUUUUGUAAUUACAUUUACUCAAUUAUCUGUCAGGCUUAUGCUUGGUAGGAGUGAAUUGUAAGUUUGCAACCCAAUUAUGUACAGAAUUAUUUGAAUUGGACCAUAAUUUAUGGUUUCUAGUUUACCAUUUCUUUUCCCAAUGAUAGUUAUUUGGAACGAUGUUUGUUACCCA